AAUUAAGUCAUCAUUCUCAUUUUCAUUACAUUAUAAGGUAAUAACAAAGUGCACACAUGAUUUAAGGCAAUGUAUACCCAAAAUCUAGUUUCCUUUUAUCUGCUCAUGAAAAACACACAUUUUCAAAUUUUCAAAAAGAAAGCUUGUCAAUUUGCAUCCAAAUCCUACUGAACAAAUUAAGAGACUUGUAAUAUUAAGAGUAUGCAACUGCACAGUGAAGAAAACAGUACAAGUGUAGACCCAGAAUCAAAGAGUUUUUUAUUUUUUAUUAUUUUGAAAAGCAAUUAGGGAGUGGUUUCUUUCAAACAAGAAGCAUUUCGACGAGGCAACAUUUCAAAAUCAAAGAUCAAACUCACCAUUCAAACUUCAAAAAUUUAAUUGUGGUUGGUGCAUGGUUGAUGGGGAGCCAGGUGGUGUGAAUUGAGUAGAUCUAUUUCAUUGUUAUGUCAAUUAUUCAGCAGGGAAAGACUCAAAAAGCUUUGUCAUCCAAUUCUCUCACACAUUCUACACUGUAAUUUACAUUUUCUCCAGAAAACUAUGACUUCUGUCAUGCUCAAACCAGUUUUUAAGGCAAGUUUGUUCCCCCCCCCCCAACCAUCCCACACACAUAAAGAACAAACUGAUGAACACUGCUCUUAAAAUAAACAGCAAUAUGUGAAAUGUAAAACUUGCAUUUUUUGACAACCGUGCUAGAAAUGAAUGUAACACUAGCAGACAUAAACGUUUUCCUUUAUUGGCCUACAAUUGCUGGUGUCAUUUAUGUUCGUUACAAUCACCAUAUUGAAUACUGCUUAAGGCAGAAAUUCUUCGUUUCCUUGUGAAAUUCCUCAGCACAUAUUCCCGUUACGUGAAAAGUAUUAAAUAUGUAAACAUGCUACUAGUUUUGAGAAGCAUUUUACGUUUUGUAAGACCAAGCGAAUUUAAGUGCGCCCUAAUCGAAAAAUAAUGGCGUGACUGCACAACAACGACCAGCAACUGACUCGCCCCCAGAUACCGCCCAUCGGAUGAGAAUGAGAGCGUCGUUUUGCGAGAGAUAUAAGCUAAAAAAACAAUCCAACAUUUCUAAAAUUGUCCCAGACAAGUUAUCUUGAGAGUCAAGCGUGGUCUAUCACUGGGGAACAUUUGCGACUGCGCCAGAGUCUGCGCGAAUUUGCACCACUUUCGAGAAAGAUGUCUGCUAGAGACAGGGGGUGAUAAUUCUUCAAAUUUGACAGAAUUUUCGCUUUGUUUUGUCCAAAAAGCCAGUUGUUGAGCUAUGGCAGAUGAAGAACUAGAUGCAGAAAAGUUGCAAGCAGCUGCAAAAUUUGUUGAGGAGAGCCCCCUCUGUGUUAAGACACCCUUGAUAAAAGAUGCAGGAAUUUUCUUCCCCACCCUCCCUACUCUACAGAGUGUCAGAACAUUGUCUUUGAAACUGGAGAAUAUGCAAGUGACAGGUUCAUUCAAGGUGAGAGGGGUCAGUAACCAACUACAACACCUACCUGCCAGUGUGACCAGUGGAGAGACCAAAUUGAUCACAAUGUCAGCAGGGAAUUAUGGCAAAGCAUUUGCCUACGCCACUGCCAGACUGGGUCUUCAGGGCCUGGUGAUUAUGCCUGAGACAGCACCUGCCAAUAGGGUAACUGUCAUACAGGACCUGGGUGCAAAAGUUGAAAGAUGUCCCACUUCAGAGCUGGAGCCAACAGUGACAAGAUAUGUCAAAGAACAAGGGAUGCUUUACCUUCACUCUUUUGAUGACUUUAAUCUUGUGGCUGGACAUGGAAGCUUAGGCAUUGAAAUCCUAGCCGACCUGUCUCCAGAGAAACCCGAUAUUGUUCUGGUGUGCUGUGGGGGAGGAGGGCUGGUUGCUGGAACAGCUGCUGCCAUUAAAUUCUGCGGAGCACCAAAUUGUAGAGUUUAUGCAGUCGAACCUGUAGGAGCAUGUACCAUGUAUGACAGUUUUAAGAUGGGGUGUCCAGCAAGUAAUUCAAAUGUCAAAACUUUAGCAGCUGGUCUGGCCCCACCAUAUGCAGGUAAAAUCACAUACAGGCUUUGUAAACAGUUUGUUGAAGAAAUCCUUUUAGUGACAGAUGAAGAAAUCGUUGCUGCUGUGGCAGCACUGUAUAAUGCCGGAUUAAAAGUGGAACCCUCAGGUGCGGCUGCUUUUGCAGCCUUAAUGGCAGGAAAAGUCCCAGACUUCGAGGGAAAAAAUGUGGUUGUUGUGUUGACAGGGGGCAAUGUUACCCCUGAGGAACUGUGUCAGUUGUUAAAGUAGUGAUAUUUGUGUCAUUUUAUUAUGAAUUAUUUAUAAUUAUUCCUGAUUUUUAAAUGUACCUGUUAAUGUGCUAUUUAAAAGCUGUUUGAUGAUUAAUAAAGAAAUUUUCAAGUUCAGCGUACUGUAUUUUUGGGGACUAUAGAAAUAUGACAUCAGGUUAGAGAUUGAAGCACCUGUGAUUAAUUAAUGAACAGUUUCUCUUUCAUAUUUUUAAUUCUCAAAAUACUAAAAUGGUCUAAAGGUAUCGGCAGUGAUUUGAUGAUUUUUCUGUCAAAUGAGAUUUAUUGUUAUAGUGGUCAGUAAUAUUUAUGCUUAAAAUUUAUUUUUAAGUUAUAACAGGGAUAAAUGUGAAUUUUGUUGUUUUAUAGGCUGUUUUAGCCUGCGCAAUGUAACUUCUUCAAGUUUCCCAUGGAACCCUCAAGAAUAACUGUAUAUGUCUCAUUCCUUCCGGGAGUGUUUUUUUUUUUAUUUAUUU